AUGGAUAUCCUUUCUGAAACUAGAGAAAUUUCUGAUAAUAAUUCAGUAUUUUCUGAUAAUAGUCAUAAUAUAGAAAUUAAUGAACUUAAAAUGUUAAUUUCUCAGCUUUUAAAUAGUAAUCUUAAUGCAUAUAAAUACCUUCAUAUUGAGAAUGAGAUUUCAAAGGGAGCUUACAGAUUUUGA